CCGGAGAGCUUAGAGCGCUGUGAAAGCAAAGGUCUCAAGACACGAACUCGUCUUUCCAGGGGUGGAGUUGAUCCCUUGAAUGAAACCUUUUCAGCAAGCAAGAAGCCCUCCCCCGAACAGCUUGGGCAUUUUUAAGCCCUGAGGCUUUACUCUUUCUUUUGCGUGGACACUUGCUUUUUUUUUUUUUAAGGAUUUACAUCUUUGGUGUUUUUGAAACACCAACCUAAACGAUCUUUUUCUUGAUUGACCGUCAAUACAAAUGAAUGCCGUUUUGAAAGAACCCCCGAUCACAAAGCUACUUAAAAUUCCCACGCCAGACUUUAAACCGUUUUUCUGCUUUGACUGUGGCGUCUCUUGUACAGCCUCUCACAUUCCUAACUCUUUUUGUUACAAUUUACUGUUGUUGCACGUCUGGUAUUUUGGUAAUUAUACUUGAUAGAAUUUUUCUACAGUGAAAGGAAAAUAUAGGACAAACCUAAUGAAUCAUGACUGAGGACUCUCAGAGAAACUUUCGUUCAGUAUAUUAUGAGAAAGUGGGGUUUCGUGGAGUUGAAGAAAAGAAAUCAUUGGAAAUUCUCUUGAAAGAUGAUCGUCUGGAUAUUGAGAAGCUUUGUACUUUUAGCCAGAGGUUCCCUCUCCCAUCUAUGUACCGUGCAUUGGUUUGGAAGGUGCUUCUAGGGAUCCUGCCUCCACACCACGAGUCUCAUGCCCAGGUGAUGAUGUAUCGCAAGGAUCAGUACUCUGAUAUCCUUCACGCUCUCAAAGUCACUCGCUUCAUCAGUGAUACCACGCCUCAAGUUGAAGUGUAUCUUCGAAUGUAUCAGCUGGAGUCUGGGAAGCUGCCUCGAAGUCCGUCUUUUCUGCGGCAGCCUGAAGAUGAAGUAUUUCUUGCCAUUGCUAAAGCCAUGGAAGAGAUGGUGGAAGAUAAUGUUGACUGUUACUGGAUCACCCGAUGCUUUGUGAACCAGUUAAAUAACAAAUACCGGGAUUCAUUACCCCAUCUGCCUAAAGCUUUUGAACAGUACUUGAGUCUGGAAGAUGGCAGGCUGCUGAGUCAUCUGAGGGCGUGUUCUGCAGUGUCCAGACUUCCUUAUGACCUUUGGUUCCGCAGGUGUUUUGCAGGAUGUCUUCCUGAAUCCAGUUUGCAAAGGGUUUGGGAUAAAGUUGUAAGUGGAUCCUGUAAGAUUCUACUUUUUGUAGCUGUGGAAAUUUUGCUAACCUUUAAAAUAAAAGUCAUGGCACUGAACAGUGCAGAGAAGAUAACUAAGUUCCUGGAAAAUAUUCCCCAAGAUAGCUCGGAUGCUAUCGUGAGCAAGGCCAUCGACUUGUGGCACAAACACUGUGGGACCCCAGUUCAUUCGGCCUGAACACUCCGACCACUGAGAAGUCUGCCAGCCUGCCCUAAAUGUUUUGUUCUGUCAUAAACGGAUUGGUUUAUAGUCUUGCUAUGGUGCUCAGUGUGCAGUUUUUUUCAGUAAAAUAAUUUAAUUCAAA